ACCAACUAAAGAAAAAUAAAAAAAUGUCACGCUCCGGCAAUUAAGGUAUUUAUCAUCCUUAAAAGAGGUAGCAAAUAUAUAGAACCGACAGAGCCGUAGACAUUAGAAAGAGAGAGAGAGAGAGAUAAAGAGAGAUCUGAUCCUUUGAAGAAACAACAAAAAAAAAAAGAAGAAGAAUGGCAUCGGCGGAUGAAAAGGUGGUGGAAGAAAAGGCGUCCGUGAUUUCAAGCUUGUUGGACAAAGCCAAAGGUUUCUUUGCGGAGAAGCUGGCGAAUAUCCCGACGCCGGAAGCCACCGUGGACGACGUUGAUUUCAAAGGCGUUACACGUGAAGGAGUUGAUUAUCACGCCAAGGUCUCCGUCAAGAAUCCUUACUCUCAAUCCAUCCCUAUUUGCCAGAUCUCUUACAUCCUCAAGAGUGCCACAAGGACGAUCGCGUCAGGCACAAUACCGGACCCGGGCUCGUUGGUUGGGAGCGGCACGACGGUUCUGGACGUACCCGUUAAGGUGGCUUAUAGCAUAGCGGUUAGUCUGAUGAAGGACAUGUGUAUGGACUGGGACAUUGACUAUCAACUCGACAUUGGGCUGACCUUCGACAUUCCUGUUGUUGGUGACAUCACCAUUCCUGUCUCUACUCAGGGAGAGAUCAAGCUCCCCUCCCUUCGCGACUUCUUUUAAUUUUAUUUCAACUAUAGUUUAAUCAUAAUCUAAUUUUCAAUAACGUACGAUCUAUAAACAUAAACGAUCGGAGAUAACAUUUCUGGAAUCCUUCUUUUCAUGGUUGAUUUUGUUAUUGGAUUGUUAAGGAAUAAGGAUUUUAUUGGUUUUUUAUGUAUGUUGUGGAUUAUAACUUUGGUUAGCUGCUUCGUAUAAAACUAUGUUUCUUA